AUGCGACCUAUCGAACCAGAGCCAGGCAUGAAGUCCGGAUUCGACAUGCUCCGCUCCUGCCUCGAGACGUGUUUACGGGAUCAUGUCACAUGUGCUGAGGAGCAAGAUCUCGACUUCCAUCCUGCCCGACUUGUUCAUAUAGAUCCCUCAGACCCUAGCGGCCAGACUGUGCGGCUAGUCGCUACCAAGGACCACCGACCGACGACCAGAUACAUUUGCUUAUCGUAUUGUUGGGGAGAGGAUCCACAGCUUCUCACCAAAUUGGCCAACCUAGAUCAACAUUCCAAGCAGAUUCCUUGGAGAGGUCUUCCGAGAUGCCAGCAAGAUUGUAUCACAGUAGCGCGAGAAUUUAGGGUCGAAUAUGUUUGGAUUGAUGCUCUCUGCAUCGUGCAGGAUGACCGCACAGACUGGGGGAAUCACUCCCAGCGAAUGCACGUCAUUUACAGAAAUGCUCUCUUCACGGUAGCUGUUGUUGCUUCGAGUACAAGUUCCCAGCCUUUUCUUGGUCCGGACACUCCACAUUAUCGUGCGGAAUACGCGAUACAUAACAUCGAAACCUCAACAGGGUCAUCUGGGAAUCUCCAGAUCCAGGCUCGACAUGCCAGCGCCGCGAAUGAUCUUGGCCCCGACGUAGAAACACCUCUGUGGUCAAGGGCGUGGACAUGGCAGGAGCAAGUGUUUUCCCGACGGAUCUUGUAUUAUCUCGACCACAAGACAAUGUGGAAAUGUUACAUGUCCGUGAACUCCGAAGCGGGAGAGGAACAUCCCGAUGACUCUUGGUUUACGAAUGAUCUGUUCUUCGGGCGGCCGAACAGCGAAAAAGAUUGGUAUCUGAUCGUGGAAACCUACAGUGGUUUUCGAGGCCUGACGUAUAGCACGGACCGUCUUCCUGCUUUGUCUGGCAUGGCUUCGCACUUCGCCGAGAUCUGCGGAGGUAGAUACAUGGCAGGGCUGUGGGCAGAGGGCAUGCCUAUUGGCUUGGCUUGGGCUAGUAUAGUGGGAGUCUCCCCAGGUAUUGUUGGACCUCCACAGCUUAGUAAUGGUAUACCAUCAUGGUCCUGGGCAUCGGUUGGCGAACACGUUGAAUGGAAGACAUUCUGGCCCGUUGACAACAAGGCCACGCGCGCAAAGAUAGCCACUGCUAGUCUUUCAGACACCGAUGACUCGGAUAUUGUUCUGGAAAAUCGCGCCGAGCUUAUAGACUUCGAUUGCAUGCCAUCCUCCAGCAAUUUGUACGGAGAAGUUCGACAGGGUAGCUCGGUGACAUUGAGAAGCCAGACAACUCCUGCACGGAUGCUGGUCGAUGUAAAUGGCAAUUCAGUUAUCGAACGUGAAGGCUGUAUUCCCCAGAAGGUGUAUCCGGAUUGCCGCAUCCUCGGAUACGAUACGGUGGGCAGAGCACCGCGAACAAAACUUUUACACGACCAACAAACGCUGAGAAGGGCGACCGAGGAUGAUUUUCCUAAGAACGAAAGCGAAAAGGAUUCCGAUGAUCCUGAGACCCAAGAACCCUGCGAAGGCGAAGUCUUGUGUUUACUUCUUUACACUAACAACAAGUCAGGCAACGAUAUGUCGAUGUCAUUGAUCCUUGCACCACAUCCAAAAUACGCUCCUGCGUAUCAAAGAUUGGGAAUCUCAUAUGGAUGCUUGAAGCAGACCAACAACCUCAAGACCGACGCCAAUAGCGACGCCGAUAGUGUUGACGAGGGCGAAAAGUAUGCCGACUGGAGACAAUGGUACGCGGGCGGCGAGAUCCGAGAUGUCCGUAUCGCAUAG